AUGGAUCCAGUCGUUCCUGCGCAAGAAGAUAUCAGGCGCGUUGGGCGGAGAGAGCUUUACACAGAUUUUGGGAAGCGUUUGGAAUAUAUGAAGACAUAUCUGGAUUUCACAGAAGAUGAUGUCCACAUAUUCAACAAAGGCGCAAAAUACCUGAAAGCAGCCAUACCUGACCUUACCCAUCGUCUUUAUCAGAAGAUGCUCGAAUUUGAUAUCACAGCCCGUGCCCUGCGCACUCGAAGUACUGCAUCCGAAGUGCAGAUCGAGGACUUGUUCACAAUCGAUAGUCCUCAUGUACAACGGAGGAAGAUUUUCUGGAAGUGGUACCUGACCAGAUUAUGUUCUGACCCCGGUCAGAUCGAGUACUGGGAGUAUCUAGGAAAAAUCGGGAGCAUGCACACAGGCAAAGUUCUGAUGCACCCAUUAAGGAUAGAGUACGUCCACAUGAAUGUCUGUCUCGGUUACGUAAAAGGGCUCCUCCUCGACACAAUCACCAAUCAUCCGGACAUGUCAGUCAAGUUCAAGUUCGCUUUACUCAAAACUCUGAGCAAGAUAUUCUGCAUGCAAAACGAUUUGAUCUCGAAGUGUUAUAUAAAUGAAGGCCAGGAGUACACGGAAGAAUCCUCAAACGCGUCCAACACGGACUCUGCCUCAACCAUGGAGACCGCAUCAAACACAGAUAACGCAUCAAUCACCAACAGCGAGGUUUCCUCACUGGCACAGGACAAGGCAAGCUAUCCUCGCUGCUUGGUCCCCGGGUUUAGCAAUUCGAGGCCUAACUCGGCAGGGGCCCAGAGCUUAACCUCAAGGGACAGGAGUGGGAGUGUCGAUCUAGACCGAGUGAGCUCAACGGCCGAAACGGCCGUUUCCUCUGAUUGUCCUUCCACAUCCAGCAGCCAUCGAGUCACUCCCAGCGUUGUUUCAAUUUCACAACCGCCAGCAUUCGCCUCGCCCUUUGCAGUCGGACACAUACACAACUUCGAGACAAAAAUAUGGUCUUCUGGACUGAAACGAAAAGAGACAGGCUACAAAUAA